CGAUGGUUGCUUUCUCCAUCUGCUUUCCUUUCUUCCUCGCUCAACGACAAAUCUUUCUCUUCGCCCUCGGUUUGCACCCAACAACAUUUAGCCUUGGUUCUCGGGUUUUGGAGGGCAUGUUGGCAUUCUCAGAAUCCUUGUCCAUUGUAGUCUCUCUGCACUUGCAUAAGAUUACUUGUAUUUUUCCGAGGACAUUUUGCUGGUGCUUUCCCAAGUUCAUUUCCUCAGCAUAGUGCCUAAUUCCUUAUAUGUAUUCUCAUAUCCUCAUCCCCUCACAAGCCUGAUUCAUAAUCUUCCUUGAAAAAAUUUUAUUGAAAUAUUAUUUUUUGUCCUUUUUAUCUCUCUUUGUGAAUGGAAAACAUAAAAUCACCACGAUUGGCAAAAUUUUCUAGAGGAAAGAGUAGAUAAAGCAAAAAUCCAAUGUCUCACAAAAAGGUAAUGGUCCAUUCAGGUUCAACUCAUCGGGCCUUGAUGGGUACGGAGAGGCGCCAGUCCGUAAUCCUUCCACUGCCAGGGGCGGGAGGUUGUCGCUGCUCUGUGAAACCAGCCUGACGCAAUGCCCUCCUCUCUAAGAACCACGAAACCCAGAGCCUUCGCUCAAGUCGCAUGAUUCAAACCCUUGGCUUGGAACGGGCAAGCUAGCAUUAAGCCCCCUCGCACCCGACCAGUCGAGUUGGACCAUUGUUCCAUUACCCUUAUGCCCCUGCUUAGGUUACAAGCUCACACUACCGAGCUCGGCGAUUGGCAAGUUGGACUCCAUCGCAUAUGAAGUGGUCUUGUUUUUUGUUUUUGGGCAGUGUGGGACUAAGAGAAAUUGAAAUAGUUCCUUAGUAAAGGGAGUUUUGGGCCUUUUGGCAUGUUUGCUGCAUUCUGCUUCACUUGAAGUGUGUCUCACUCUCAGAAUUUGGUAAAAGAAAGAAUUAUUCAAUGUGAGAAAAAAUUAUGUGCAUGACACAUGGAUUCAUUUUAUAAGCGGAUCACCUACUGCACUUGGACCGUGCUCCCACCUAAUAAUAUAUGGGAUAAGUAACUUCUUUUCCCUUAAUUUAAAGUCAAAUUUCUCGCCUUUGACUCUUGCCAUCAUGCUUUGCCAUCAUAUUAAACAACUUUUGCGUCUUUCUCCAAAGCAAGAUGCAAUUUUUAUAAAUCAUUUAUGAAGACCCUUACCAUGGCUUGCAAUCAUUGAACAAUUCUUGUCUUUGGGUAUGUAUGCGUGUGAAAUUUGAGGAGUUAGGAUCAUGAGUGAAGUUAACCACCAAAGGAUCAAAACCAACGGGAUAUGGAUGCAUAUAGCAGAACAAGGGAAAGGGCCACUUGUUCUUCUGCUUCAUGGAUUCCCAGAGAUUUGGUACUCUUGGCGCCACCAGAUAACAUACUUGGCUAACCAUGGCUAUCAUGUGGUUGCACCUGAUAUGAGAGGCUAUGGGGACUCUGAUUCUCCACUCAGCCCCAACUCCUACACGGUCGUGCACCUUGUUGGAGACCUUAUUGGCCUUCUUGACCAUUUUGGUCAACAACAGGCAUUUGUGGUGGGAACUGACUGGGGAGCAAUUGCUGGAUGGCAUUUGAGCCUAUUUAGGCCUGAUAGAGUGAAGGGACUAGUCACUUUAAAUGUUCCAUACUUUCCAAGAUCUCCAAAUACUAAACCUAUUGAAUCUGUCAGACAAAUGAUUGGAGAAGGAAGUCAUGUCUUUCAAUUCCAGGAACCAGGAAGAGCAGAGUGGUCAUUUGCAAGGUAUGAUUAUUUGACAGUGAUGAAGAAGUUCUUGCUCUUAAACAGAACAGAUAAUCUGGUAGCUCCUCCAGGCAUGGAGAUCAUUGAUUAUCUGGAGACUCCAUCAUUGUUGCCAUCAUGGAUAACUGAAGAGGACCUCCAGGUCUAUGCAGACAAAUUUCUGGAAUCUGGUUUUACUGGUCCUUUCAACUAUUACCGUGCCAUGGAUUUGAAUUGGGAGUAUCUUGCACCAUGGCAAGGAUCAAAAAUAACCGUUCCAACGAAGUUCAUUGCUGGUGACAAAGAUAUUGGUUUUGAAACCCUUGGCACAAAGGAAUAUGUGGAAGGAGAUGUUUUCAAGAGCCUUGUCCCCAACCUCGAAGUUGUUAUUCUAGAUGGUCACCAUUUUAUCCAUCAAGAGAAAGCUCAAGAAGUCUCACACGAAAUUCUUUCCUUUCUUUCCAAAAUUUCUGUGGACUAAUGGAUUUGUCUUUAGUUUAAUUGUAUUUGUAACCUGCAUCUGUGAUAAUUAUAUCAUGUAAGCAAUCUUGAAUAAAAAAUUCAACUUCUUAAUUCUUAUACAUAGCACAAACAAUUUCUGAUGGCUGCCUAUUAACAAGUUACAUUAGCUUUAUCUUGAGGCAA